AUGAAGAGUGAAGACGUUGUAACUGCCUGCAACGCCGCGCACAAGUUUGCAGCCUUACACGCAGCGCACGAUGUCUUGGGCGAGUUCGGCUCCGUUUUUGUGCGCCGAUGCUAUGACUUUGACGUGAGUGAUGGAUUGAGCAACGUGUAUGCUGUUGCUGAUACAUUUCCAAUUUGCUCGCCCCCCCGCACUGCUCACAGGCGCGAUUGUGUAUCUUUGAUAUUCCACCCGGAUGUUACGAGCCGAUAUUACUUCUUCACUUCUUCAACAGCGAAGGACCUCUCCUACCGCCGGAAAAUACGCGUCACGCGUACUGCGUACGCGGCAGAGGCAGUCUAACUCCUCCUGCAACCGUGCAACACCACGAGAACAUCCUCGGAGUGCCUUCAAACGAUGAGUGGGGAAGAGUUCGAAGGCCACAUAGACCUUUUGGUCUUCGCCUGGACGUACGAACUCCAGACAAAACGUUUCACGCUUAUGGGGCCGGGGACAGCAGAGCGCGCGAAUUAGCUAUGGCAGCGAGUCAGACGAAUUGGUGCCAACAGGGCGAGGGCUACAAUGUGCGGUUCGAACACGUAUUCGAGCUUAACUGGCCCAAUUUCGAGUGGGCGGUGGGAAGGGGAUGGCAACUCUUCCCUGGCCGAGAGAAGAUGAUCGUCGACGACAAGGAGCGCUCACGCGUCUUUCGACUUCACAAGAUCGGCUAUGAGGCGUUUGGAGGGGUGCGCUUUGGCGGCAUGCUCUUGCGGCAGGUCAGGUAUCACUGA